AUGACAUCACUAGAAGAUUCAAAUGGACAAGCAACUUAUUUUCAAGAAUCUGGUAAUUCAACUCCAACAGUAGGACAAUCUAAUGAUUCUCAUCAUAAUCAACAACAACAACAACAACAUGGUGUAGGCUCGUAUUAUCAAGAUUCACCAAGUUCUACUUAUACAUAUGAAGUUGAAGGAGAAUAUCUAGAGAAUCAUCCUAAUGUUAAUGCCACUAUUCCUACUACAUCAGUUCAAUCAUAUGUUAAUAAUGAUAAUGUUCAUGGUGGAAUAGAAACUGAAGAAGAAGAAGAAGAAGAUAAUGGUGGUGGUGAUGGUGGUGAUGGUGAUGGUGAUGAUGUCAAUGGCACUAAUGGUGGUGGUAAUGAACAACCAUUUUAUGUUAAUGCUAAACAAUAUCAUCGAAUUUUGAAAAGAAGAAUUGCAAGAGCUAAAUUAGAAGAAAAUUUAAAAAUUGCUCGUACUAGGAAACCUUAUUUACAUGAAAGUAGACAUAAACAUGCCAUGAGAAGACCUCGUGGUCAAGGUGGGAGAUUUUUAACUGCUGCAGAAAUUGCUGAAUUAGAAAAAUCGAAAAAACAACAAGAUGAACAAUCUAAUGGGAAUGGGAAUGGGAAUGGGAAUGAAGUCAAGAAUGAGAAUGAUAGUAAUGACGUUAAAAAAGAGGAUCAGAAUGUCAAUGUCAAUGUCAAUGAGAAUAAUAAUAAUAAUGAAGUUAAUAAUGAAGUUAAUAAUGGAAAUGAAACUAAACAAAUCGUAACAGAGAAUAAAAAGGAAGAAAUAGAUAAUACAACUAAUGUUGAUGUAAUUAAGAAAGAUAAUGUUGAAAAUGAUGAAGAAAUGAAUUCAAUCGAACAUAACAAUAUAAAUAUAAAUACAAAUGCAAAUGAUGAAGAUGGAGAUGGAGAAAAAGAUAAAGAUAAACAAAUCAAUGAUAAUAAUAAUAAUAAUAAUAAUAAUAAUAAUAAUAAUAAUAAUAAUAAUAAUAAUAAUAAUAAUAAUGAAGAAGAAAGUAAAGGUAAUAAUAAUGAAAAUAACAUAUCUAAUGAAGAAGCAAUUGAGAAUAAUAACAACAGUAAUGUCAAUGCCAAUGCCAAUGUUAAUGUGAAUGAUGUACAAAAAGAACUAUAA